AGAAAAUUAAGAGGAAAAAAAGAAAGCUCCAGAAGCGUUAUCUCCGAUGGCAUCGAUAGCCACGGUCCGAGCUCUCAUAUUUUCCCGCGUCACCGUGCUGUCAGCCAAACCUCUUUCACCUUCUCUUUCUUGUUUCCUUCCUAACUUUCGCAACCGUCCUUCUCCCGCUGUAUCCGUCAGCUGCUGCUUGAACGAUGGCGGAGGCUGCGAUGACUACUCUGUUUCAACGCAGAAAUCGAAUUUGGAUCGUGGAUUCGUAGUGAUAGCCAACAUGUUGAAACACAUCGAACCACUCGACACUUCUGUUAUUACCAAAGGGGUUUCCGAUUCGGCCAAAGAAGCAAUGAAACGAACUAUCUCCUCCAUGCUUGGAAUUCUCCCAUCUGCUCAAUUCUCCGUUUUGGUUUCCCUCUCGGAACCUCCUCUUCAUCGCCUUCUCUUCUCAUCUAUUAUCACCGGAUAUACGUUGUGGAACGCGGAGUAUAGGAUUUCAUUGACGAGGAAUCUGGAAAGAUCUGCACCGGCGGAUGGGGUGGUGAAGCAUACGGAGGAGGGCGUUAAGCAGGGACAGAGAGAAGUACAAGUAGUGGAGAAGAAUAGGGAGGAGGUAGAGGGUGAAAAUGGUGAAUACGAUGAGUUGGAGGAUAUAAGGCCGAGGGUUUUCAGGGAUUUGUCGCCUGAGGCUUUGAAGUAUAUUGAGAAGCUGCAAGCUGAAUUAUCUGAUAUGGAGGAGGAACUAAGUAAUCAAAAGAAGGAGAAUGUGCGAAUAGAAUGUGGCGGGGAAAACAUGAAUGGUUUGUUGGAGUAUUUACGAUCCUUAGAUGUUGACAUGGUGACAGAAUUAUCCCAACCAUCAUCGGAGCAAGUGGAGGAAAUGAUCCAUCAGCUUGUCCAAAUAUAUUGCAAAGGUUCUUCAAGGAUGCCAGUAUGAGAGAUUCAGG